GACUGUGGCUCUGUUUCUGUCUCUCUUCACCCAUUCUUCCUUUUGUUGCAGAGAUAAUAUGGGCGACGUUCUGAGCAAGGCCGCUGAUGGUUUCGGAAAUGCCUUGGCUGCUCCCUUAAAGGCUAUGCUGGGAGGAUCAUGCGAGGAAGUUUGUUCCGGAGUAUGGGAUAUUACUUGUUUCAUAACUCAUCUCUGUGUCUCCGAUUUGAUGAGGCUGUUCAUGAUUCUGGUUCUCUGCUACAUAACUUUGCUGUUCUUCUACCUCUUUUUCAAAUUGGGGAUAUGCCAAUGCGUAGGAAAAUCUGUCUGCAAAAUGUAUUGUUCCGCGUGCAAGGCCUACUGGUCUGCACUGGGGUGCAUGACAUGUUUCUUCUGGCAUAAACUAACCAACGUUAAGCGCGUUAACCGCCGCCGACGGCGACGGCGCCACUUCCCCGACGUCGAGACCAGUGAAAGUUCCACCAGCGGAGGCGGCUCUGAUAGAGAUGCAAGCGUCUCUAGAAAGAGAAAGGUGAUUACGAAGGAAAUGGAUAGUAGUCGUCAUCAUAAUCAUCACAGCCGCCACCGCCACCGCCACCAUCAUCAUAGGAUGAAUGGAAGACAAUUUGGUGUUGAGGUUAAGAGUAGACGUCUGAAAUUAAAGAAAUUGAGACAUCAUCGUCAUCGUCAUCAUCCACGGAAGAACACCGUUGCUCUUGGGACAGAGACUGCAUCCUUCAAAAGGAGACGACUCGUGUAACUUUCUCCGUAUGGCUUGCAGCUGGAGCAGUGCUCUGUAAUGUAAAUCAUACCAAAUACUCUCCAAGCAUUCACUGCUUUUGGAUUUCAAAGGUAUGUUUUUAUGGUGUUGUCUUGAAAGUUGAAAUUAUAUUAAGAUUGUUAAGCACUUGUUAAUUUGGGCUGUUCAACUGCUUCUGACAAAUCAAUACUGACUGUUUGAACUGAAAUCUUAUGGUGGUAAUGAUGGGCACUCCAAUAGCUUGAUCUGACUAGUUUUAAGAACAAGUAGAUUUUUACUUGGCGAUAUCACAAUGAUGCCAUUUAGUUUAUUAAAUUCAGAAAACAAGGAAUGCCUAUAUUCUGUCCCAGAAAUGCAUAAGGAUUAUAGAUGUGCAUGACAUGAUCUUGGUUUGUGACCAUCACAAAUCACAAUGAUGGCAUUUAAGGUGUGUUUGGUUCACCUAAUGUUAGAUUAUCUUAAUAAAUGUUUGCUUGCUGUGAAUGUUAAAUUGUUAGGUAUGUUAGAUUUUGUGUUUGGAUAAAAUUGAGGUAUGUAAUAUAAAGUAUAAACCUAUUUGAUUCGUAAGGAGGGGAAAGUUUACACUUUACACAUUACCUCCAUAAAAUAUUAAAAGAUUAUUUUAUUUCUUUUGUGUGUUCGCUUUUUUUUGUUUUGUUUUUUUUUUAGAGUUCG